UCAUGUGGAACGCACAGACAGGAUGUGUCUUCCUUUGUGCUCUGUCCGGGGGAGACAGAAGCAGUAGAAAGCAGAGAGGACACACUCCUGCAGAAGUGACUGUUAGGUGCAGGUGAAACCUGUCUUCAAGGGAGAGAUUCCUUUGGUGAUCAUCCGACUAACCCACUGAGGAUGGACAAGGAGAAAAGUCAGAUGACUGAGAAGAUAUUAAAUCUCACCCUGGAGAUCAUCUACCUGCUGACUGGGGAGGAGUAUACAGUAGUAAGGAAGACAUCUGGUGAGACACCCAGCAGCCAUCCCUGUGUGUCAGGAGGACUGAGCAGGACCCAGAGCCCAAUCACGGUGCCUCCACCUCACUCACUGACACAUGAGAGGCACAAUGACCAGAAGAUCCUGGAACUCACCAACAAGAUCAUUCAGCUGCUGACUGGAGAGGAUGAGGAGUAUACAGAAGGACAGAUAGGCCUGUACAAGGACGUGAUGAUGGAGAAUCACUGGCCCCUCACAUCACUGGGAAUACACGGAGGUAGAGAAGACCUCUGGAGGGAGCAGCCGUCCCCGUGUGUCGGGAGUAUUGAGCAGUCUCUGUGCGUUUCUCCUACAGGCGGAUCCACUGACAGAAGAGCCUGUUCCCAGGAUCGUGCAGAGGAGAGUCACAGUGUCCUACAGGAGGAUCAGGAUGACAACAAGAUUAAAAUUAAAAUUGAAGUAAUAGAGCCUGAAGAAGAAGAAGAGACGUAUGUGAUGGGUGAUCAGCAGUGUAAGGAGGAGGAAAUCCCUACAGAUAUCAGCACAGCAGGUGGGCCCAGCAGCAGGAACAGCUCGGGGAGACAUCUCAGUUUGUCUACAGACUGUAAAAUAGAAGAUAACGAUAUCGCACAUAAUUCUGCGGGAGAGAACACCAUUUUUCCAAACAUACAUCCAGUGCUUAGCAGUGCAUCUUUAUCAUGUGAUCCGUCUACCAAUUACGAUGACUGUUUGCAUUAUAGUGACAGUCUAACUUUGCAGCAGAAACCUGACACGGAUAAGCACACAUUACAGAUUACACAGACAUCAGGUAUUUCUGUACAUCAGAGAAGUCUCACUGGGGAGAAGCCAUAUCCAUGUCCUGAGUGUGGGAAAUGUUUUACCCUGAGGUCAUAUCUUGUCAAACAUCAGAGGAUCCAUGCAGCUGUGAAGCCGUAUUCCUGUGCCGAGUGUGGGAAAUGUUUUACGCAGAAGAGGAACCAUCUUGAGCAUCAGAGAAUCCACACGGGGGAGAAACCGUAUUCCUGUCCUGAGUGCGGGAAAUGUUUUACCCACAUGUCUUACCUUAUUCAGCAUCAGACUAUUCACACUGGGGAGAAGCCGUUCUCCUGCUCUCUUUGUGGGAAGUAUUUUGCGCAAAAGUCAAGGCUUUCCUUACAUCAGAGAGUUCACAUCGGAGCAAAGCCGUUUUCCUGCUCUGACUGCGGGAAAUGUUUUACACAAAAAUCUAGUCUUGUCCGACACCAGAGAGUCCAUGCACAUUAACACUGGUGAAAAAGUUGUAGAUAUGAUUAUACUGUAAAUGUAAAGUGUUUUAAUAAAGAAAGAAAAAUAUAUUAAAUAA